AUGUCAACAACCAGAAAUUCUGGAGAAAAUGGGCAACAAUGGAACAAUACUGAGUUGCAUUUUGGACAGGAACCUCAACGUGUCAUCACCCAAAAUGGUGUUCAGUGUGCAGACAUCACAGGAAAGGCAAUGGUGAAGGAGGGAACUGGAGGAGAAGAACGAGGAGACAUCCAGAUGCUUCCUAUGGAGUUUCUCCUGAGGAAAACUGGAGCAUGGAAGGAAGCAAGACAGGUUGUCUAUGCACAGAGCAAAGGAAGAGAAAUGGGUCCACUAACUGCAGUCAUUUUCCUGGCUACUUUGCUGCAUCAAUCUUGUGGACAGCCUAGAGAAAAGGAGUUUGCUUUUUUUGCUCGUUCUGAGGCUCAAAACGAACAGCAGAUUGUUGAUCAACACAAUGAAAUACGGAGAUCCGUCAUUCCCACAGCCAGCAACAUGCUGAAGAUGGUAUGGAAUGAGAAAGCUGCCAUCAACGCUAAGAAAUGGGCAAAUAAGUGUCAAAUGAAGAUGAGUCCCAGAGAGGAGAGAGUUGUUAAGGGUGUCGUCUGUGGUGAGAAUAUAUUGCAGUCAUCUUACCCCAGCACAUGGCCUGAAGCAAUUAAAGUAUGGGCUAAUCAGAUGUCUAAUUUCAAGUAUGGAGUUGGAUCAAUCAAGAAAAAUGCCAAUAUCCACAGCUAUACUCAGCUAAUCUGGUAUAACAGCUACCAGGUCGGAUGUGCAGUUGCCUACUGUCCUAACAGCCGGCUCAACUACUUUUAUGUUUGCCAUUACUGCCCUGCAGGAAAUGAUCUAAGAAAAAUAGCUACACCUUACAAUAAAGGACCAAAAUGUGGUGACUGUCCAGGCCACUGUGACCGUGGGCUUUGCACCAAUCCUUGCAAGCAUCAAGAUUUAAUCCAAAACUGUGAAAAUAUGGAAAAGUUGUUCGGCUGUCAAAACGAUAUGGUGAGAAUUAAGUGUCCUGCUACCUGCAAAUGCACCACUCAAAUCAAAUAA